AUGGCCAGUGCAUCCAUUCUGGAUUCUGAUCCUCUGGCCUUCAAAGCUCUUGAUAUCGUCAGUCGAGUCAAGGAAGCCACCAUGCUCAAACCGCGGAAUUCUAUCAUCCCAUUCACAUGGUCUGCAAUGGUAGAAGAAACGUGCCUACGUUUCUUCAGCCCGUCAAAUCUUAGCAAAUUCAUUGAAUGGUACUGGAUCUCCUGGUAUCCUCACUGGCCAGUCAUUCACAAGCCGACAUUUCAGGCCUCUGCUACCCCUAGCACUCUUGUUGCUGCAAUGGUUUUGAUAGGAGCUUCCUACUCGCCGGAGCAAGCUGAUCGCGACGACUCUAGGAUGUGGCUUAACGUGAUCGAAGAACUGGUGUUCACCGACGAAUACUUCUGCGAUGACGUAGAUAUGAUCACGGCGUCUGACCUUCACCCAUCAACAGUCCAGCGACGGCGGCUUCAAGCGCUCCAAGCUGCACAUGCAAUGUGUUUGUGCCAAGCCUACGAAGGCGAUGACAAUAGCAAGAGAAGAGCUCGCCACCACCGCAUGAACGCCGUUGUUGCUUUGGCCCGCGCCUUCGGUUUUGCGCAGGGAAAGCACACAGAUCUCAGGGACACAAUUGAGCGUGGCUUUAGCUGGUCACGUUUUGUGGAGAGAGAAGAGCUUAUAAGGACCCUAAUCUACGUAUUCGCUCUCGAUUCGGGCUUUCUCAUCUUCUACAACCUGCCUCCAAAGCUCGUGGUGCAGGAGGCCACAGUGAGUUUGAUAUGUCCAGAAGCCUGCUUUCAGGCGCAUACGGCGGCGGAGUGCGAGGAAUAUGUCCGAAUGUGGACGUCCCACAGACUCUACAGCCCGAACUUUUCGCUGUCUUCGGCUAUCGAAAUUUUGUGCUCCAAGCAGCUCAGCCCAGACCAUCGAGAUCUAUUUGUGGAGAUAGGCAGCGUGAACCUUCUGAUCAUCGCUGCUGUAUUCAACUCCAUGGCGUUCCACUUUCGACCAGCACUAGGCCAGAUCGCCGAACUCGUGCCUCUACAACAUGCCAUUUCACACUGGGGAGAGAUCUGGGCCGCUCGGCCUCCGCCUGGAAUGCGCAGUGCAUUCGGGACAUCUUCGACGGAACCAGUGUCAUUUACCAGCCAACGUGAGAUGUGGAAACGGCUUGGUUUUAUGAAACACGCACAUGAGUUCUGGAUGCUCUCCCGGAUCAUUGUCGAGCGCCUUGUGGCAUCCCAGCGCCACGUCGUCCAUGCUGGCGACAUAUCCGACCACGCUCGUCGGCAAGGACAGGUCAGCGGCGAGAUUCCAGACCAAUAUGACCGAGGAGAUAUGAAUCAACUUAGGACCCUUAUUCUCGGAGCCAUAAGGUCGACCCUGUCAUCCAAGGAGUAA